AAUCUCGUUCAUUCAAAUCGACCUGGUUGUCAUUUCACAUUGACGAUAAUGAAGUCUUGUGCUUUACUUCUGUGUGUUUUAAAAACAUUUUCAACUUGAUGCUUACGUAAUAGUAAUUUCAAAAUUUUGAACAUAAAAAAUAUGGAUACCCUUAGCUUUGCUCUAAGUAUUUGUGCUUUUCUUCUUACAGGCUACAUGUGCCUGCCCAGGGAAGAAAGAUUAAUAUUCAAAUCAAACGAUGAUUUCAAUUGUACCGAGACGCUGAACUGUACGGACAUGUACAAACCAGUAUGUGGUUCUGAUGGGGUAACGUACGACAGUAUGUGCCACCUGAAGCAGGAAUACCAAAGAAAUGUGUGCGAGCUAGGCAAUUUCAACCCUAUUGCUUUUGUUAGUAACGGAAAUUGCACAGAUGGUGAAAAUGACGGUCUACAUGCUAAGAGCGAUUACUGAUACCGGAAAUGACGCCAACGUCUUAACCAACCAUUCAUAGUGUCAUAAACAACAACUUAAUGCCUGAAAAAAAAAUUGUUAGAAUGAAACGCGAAACACUGGAAUCAUUAUAAAUAAUAGAAAAGAUGGGUGAUAUCUUAUGUCAAAUUUAUUUCGUCUGCUUUAAAAUGGGCUAGGACUUUAAAGCGAAAAAAUGUUCGAAAUGGUGUAGAUUUUUUUCUGGAAUGGUAUCAUCACGUCGUUGCUAGCAUACAUGUACAAGAAGCGUAUGGUUUAGUGUCCAUUUUAUCAACGAUAAUUUUGAGAAAAAAAAAGAAAACAAGUUUAAAUUGUACUUUUCAAAAUGAAUGAUUCAUAUAAAAUAAAUACAUGUCAUUAAUGAACACCAUUCCCAGUUCAGAGAUAGGUAGUUUGUUUGCAUAGGUCCAAUGGGGAUUUCUGGCUUUAAAAAGGGUGUGACUAAAACCGAAAACGGGCUUGACCAACAUGCGCAAUAGUGUUCAAGUGUUACGUGGGUAAAAAACUACCGAAAUGACUCAAUUAAACGAACUGAUAAAAAUGUUUUGCCAAAACAAACAAGCCCAUAAACAAAUAGCUUACGAUAACGUGACAACCAUGCUUAUUUUAGAUUUUGUUUUUUACUUGAUAAUAUAAUGUGUACAUAAUUUAUUGCAUGUGUAUAUAAAAUUGACUGUAUGUAUACAUGUAUGAGUUGUUUAAUAACAUGUUUAACAUAUAUUAUCUAAUAUAAAGUAUGCUUAUUUGUUAGCCUUAAUCAAAUGAGAGCUAUUUUGUUUAUAUUUAGCUAUUUACGUGAUUUUUUUAUUAAAAAAUAGUUUUCAUUCUUUUGAAUUUUAUAUGCACAUAACAGUCAGUAAAUUCCGAGAGGUGUACUUACAUGUAUUUGUAAACAAAGAAACUUUUACUAGUGAAAAAUAUCUGGUAGUUGCGUUUUCAAUUAUGUAAAUAUUUUACUGAUAUUAAAUCAAUAUGAAUUGAAACACAUUGGACUGUUUUAAGUCUUAACAUAAAUUUGGCAACGAGGAGAACAUAAUCAUUUUCUAUUUGGUUAUAGCAAUUUAGGCUAGGAUGCUUUUUGUCUGGAAUCAAAUUUAAAUUUCUGUCAUUUAAGGGCUAUGUAGAUUUUAAUGAUUGCGGCGUACUUGAAAAAGAAUCCUUUUUCAUGUUAUCAAUAUCACUCAUUGUCACUCUUUUAAGUUCACUAAACUUGUAAAUAGAUAAAUUGUUGGUUCAAUCUUCCCUACGUUCUUUCUUUAGUUACGUUAUAAGCUAUUGUGUAUUUACAUGUGUACAUCUUAAAAUAAACAGAUUUUUUUAUUUCUC